UUAAAAUAUGAACACAUCUCAUUGGAUUAUAAACAGAUUUUUAUCUACAUCCUUUAUUCUUUAUUCAGAUUCGGGGGGAAAUGCAGUUUGUCAGACCUCAAAUGUGCUUGUCUGGUCCGUGGUUUGAAGUCUCGACUCACCCAUCUAAUACACCUGCCUACGAGGCCCAAUGAGGAUUCACUUGUGAGGCUGCUGUGUGAUUUUCUGGAGAGUCCACUCUGUAAACUAGAGACUUUGAGAUUGAGGGGCUGCUGGUUGACAGAGAUCAGCUGUGCCUCUCUGGCCUCAGCUCUGAGGUCCAACCCCUCCCAUCUGAGAGAGCUGGACCUGAGUAAGAACCAUAUGCUGCAGGAUUCAGGAGUGAAACCGCUGUUUGAGUUUCUGCAAAGUCCACACAGUAGACUGAAGAUUCUGAGAUUAAGUCGCUGCUGGUUGUCAGAGAUCAGCUGUGCUUCUCUGACCUCAGCACUUCAGCCCAACCCCUCCCAUCUGAGAGAGCUGGAUCUGAGUCACAACGAGCUGGAGGAUUCAGGAGUGAAGCUGCUGUGUGAUUUUCUGCAAAGUCCGCAAUGUAGAUUGGAGACUCUCAGACUGUGGAAUUGCAGUUCAUCAGAGAUCAGCUGUGAUUCUCUGACCUCAGCUCUGAAGUCAAACCCCUCCCAUCUGAGAGAGCUGGACCUGGGUAACAACAACCUACAGGAUUCAGGAGUGAAGCUGCUGUGUGAUUUUCUGCAGAGUCCAAACUGUGGACUGAAGACUCUGAGGCUGAGUUGGUGCAGUUUGUCAAAGAUCAGUUGUGCCUCCCUGGCCUCAGCUCUAAAGUCCAACCCCUUCCAUCUGAGAGAGCUGCAGCUGAGUAACAACAAUCUCCAGGAUUCAGGAGUGGAGCUGCUGUGUAAUUUUUUGCAAAGUCCACAGUGUACACUGGAGACUCUGAGAUUGUGGGGCUGCAGUUUGUCAGAUAUCAGCUGUGCCUCUCUGGCCUCAGCUCUGAACGCCAACCCAUCCCAUCUGAGAGAGCUGCAGCUGGGUGACAACAAGCUGCAGGAUUCAGGAGUGAAGCUGCUUUGUGAUUUUCUGCAGAGUCCACACUGCAGAGUAGAGAUUCUGAGAUUGUGGAGCUGCAGUUUGUCAGAGAUCAGCUGUGCUUCCCUAGCCUCAGCACUGAACUCCAACCCUUCCCAUCUGAGAGAGCUGCAGCUGAGCGGGAACAAGCUGCAGGAUUCAGGAGUGAAACUGCUGUGUGAGAUUCUGCAGAAUCAACGCUGUAGACUGGAGACUCUUAAAUGGAAAUAGUCUCUUUAAGGAUGGUGGUGUGGAAAGGAUCAGCCGUGUCCUCAUAAUCCAGAGAGGCUGAAACAGCAGAAUCAGCUGAGAUGACCCUCAGUGCUGCGGCCUGAACUGCUCUCACUGGAGAUUGGUGUCAGACAAAACGUCAAGUCCACCAUGAUCCCUGUGUUCCUAUGACAGGGUUAUCAUCAGUGGAUCUGGACUGCUUUGCCGCCUUGUUCUUCUACACAGUGUCUGCAGACACACUGUGAAUCCUCCACUCCACCUGCUCCAUAAUCAGUCGCCUACUCCACUUGGAACCUUGACGAGGGAUAAAAGCUGUAGAAAAUGUGGCUUAUACUGAAGCUUCAAUGAGUUCCUCUGUUUUGUUGCAACCUAGAUAAUGUUAAACUGUUUCAUUUUAGUCAAUUAGAAGUUAUGUCAUUUGACUAGUUAUCAGCAAGCAAGUAUACACGACUCCUUAAUCUAGUAUUUAGACCUGGAUAUGGUGGUGCCGCUCUUUAAAUUUCAAAAACUUUCCGAAAGCCAAAGAAAGUGAUUCAAAAAUCUGUGACAUCAUUAUAAUGUAAAGCCUACUGGAAGACAGGAAACCUGUGGGAAGGACAUGUAUGAGAAAUUCUGCUGCAUAUAUUCCAUGGGAUACGUAAUCAGGAAUUAAACCUGGACAGUAGAUUUUUUUUUUUUGGCUCAUGCACUAACUGAGCAAUUCUCAUUGGACUGAAUUGGCGCCAUCUUUGGGUUCAGUAUCUAAUUCUCCUUUAAAUGUAUGACUCUAUUAUCACAUUCAUUGGUAAUUUCACUUACCAUUAUUCAGAUCUCCUCUACUCUUGAUUUGUUACAGCAUAAGAGGCAGGGAGGCCACUUGAAGAGUCAAGAAGAAAGUAAAAGGGGAAUUAAAUGACAUGAACUUUAAUGAGGUGUCUUCUGUGGGUAAUUGCAAUAUAUUACAUUUCACAAUUAGAUGCAUCACUUUCUUUAAAAAAAUCUGUUUGUGAUCUUUACCCUGAUUAUCAAAACUAAUACUGCUACAAGUUAAUGGUAUCUUGAUAAAAAAAAAAAUGCAUGCAUUCACAGACACUGUGAACAACUGCUACAACAAUCUAAAUAUUAACUGCAAUUAAUUAACUAAUAUUGACAUUGCUACCUCUGGCUAACGUUAGGGAAGUACGGUAUGCUGAGCUCAUACUGUGCAACUACAGAAACACUGAUACCAUUAGAUAACAAUGGUGUUAUACUAUUGGCUCACAAACCUUGUAAGAAGCUGGAACCAAGUGUAAGAAUUCAGACAGAGAGAUAAACAAAUGAUCACUUUGGACCCAACAAAAUUUUAAAAUGAUUCAUUCACAAUCAGAACAGUGUUUUAAAGAAAAGAAAGACCUAUAUUCUGCACCUUUCUACAAGCUUUGUAGAUGAAUUAUUUUUUUUAAAUGACUUAAAUUGAAUGAAUUAUUUUUUUAAAUGACUUAAAUGAAUGAUCGGGCUACAGCCAUGAAAAUUGUACUGAGGGUCACACAUAAUCUUAAAUUUACAGCUAUCAAGCAGCAUUUGUUGAAUUAUUGAUUAUAUUAAAUGAUGUAUGUAAUUGUAUUUAUACAACCCAAUCUAACAUAGAAGAAGAGUAAUAAAAAACAGCACUGUCAGAUAAUGAUGUAAAUGAUGAAGACUUUGAGUUUGUGGUGUUGCACUGGAUCGCAUUAUCCUGCACUGGUGUUGACAUUAUUGUUUCCAUUGCAAUGCGUUUCCUCGCUGUCUGAUCUCCCACUUAUCACUGACUUCAGCACAGGUCAUGUGUGAACACAAGGGGGCAGUGCAGGCAAAGGAAACAGUGACAAGGCAAACAGCAGGUGGCAGCGAACCAAUCUAACGUUUCCUCCACAGAGAAGAGUCUCCACAGGAUUUAACUGAGGCUGAACUCUCUCAGACACUGACGUCAUCUAAGGUCACACACUUGUUUCCAGUCACCUCAAAGCCUGAAUAUAACUGGCAGCCAAAGAACAUUCAUGCAACUAUUCUUUCUACUGUUUUUUUCUCCCUUCUCAGGUGUGAAGGGUUUUUUGCUACCAGUUUGUCGCAGUCCUCUGCUUGUAAUCAUGUCUUCCUGUCUUUGGUCUUCGCUUUACAUACUAACAGUUUCCAUUUUAACAGUAUAUACAUUUAUUUCCUUGAUCAAAAAUAAGAUAAUUCAUAUGCUUCUACUAUUUGUCUUCUGUUAUUAGGAGCACGUCCUGAUUUGAAAGGACCACUUCGCCUAAAAAUGUAAACUCAGUCAUUACUCAAUCAUCUCCUCCCCCCAUGCUGGUUCAAAGUCAGGUAAUGUUGUGGUCUACAAAACAUUUCAGAGGCCAAAAAACAUACAAUGGCUCCCGACAGCUCAUCCAAUAUAAUAAAACACACUGGAAGCCCUGAAGAUCCUAGAUAGAUUUGAAAAGUUGAAUUUAAACCCUUGAUGCAAGGUCGGGGGAAACAGUGGUAUGUAUAAACCCGAGCCCUAUAUUUACAUGUUUUGAUGUAUAAAUUAUUAAUACUAAAACGUAACUGUGCCAUAAUCCUUUGGGGCAACUCCGACUGUCAAAGUUUCUGCCACUCACAGGCUGCGGUUGUUAUUCUAAAUGUUUGACAUCGUUGCAGAAAAAAUAUCCAUUGCUAUAGAACUGUUAAUAAGAUCAGUUUUGUAAUCUUGCCUCAUUUGUGUUCUUAGAUUUGAAAUAUUUGGUGUGUUCUUGAGGUAUUAAAAUAUUUUGUGUAAACCAGCUCAGACCUGCAGUGCAAAACCAGCUACUGGUGGAAUCAAUACGCUAAAUUCAACUCAUUAGAUCUAUGGGUGAUUCAGAAUUUGCCCAGUGUGUGGCCUUUGAUUAUGAAAACUAUCUUGCUCGUCUUUCUUUCAUUCUCCGUCCGUCUCUAAUGCUGCUUUCCUUUUCUUACAGCUGAAUCUCUCCAGCACACACAGCCUCUCCUCUGUUUGCUGUAACCCAACAGCAGCAUCAGCAGCAGUGAUGGUGGUGGAGGUUUUUACAGUGAAAUAGGCAGGAAAUGGAGGGCUGAUGAAAUAUUAAUGUGGAAUCUUGAGAGGUCCAAUGAAAUCCAUUAGGAGGCUCAAAUCAAUGGGAGAAGUAAGUAACACCAGACUCCCUCCUCGAAUGACCCUGAUGAAAAUAACAGAGUGGUGGAAAUACAGAGUAUCUGCAGUGAAUAUGUGGAAGAAAUGUUAACAUUUCCUUCCUCUCAUAAAAUGCAAAGAUGCACUUGUACAACAGUGAAAACUUCCUGAAUAAUAACUAUUAUAGUCAGGUAGUGCAUUAUAGAGCUCUAAUGAAAUGUCUGAAUUAAUCAGAUGUUUUCACUCACAACCAAUUCCUCCAUGUCUGAUGGGGCGUGGAGCAAUUACAGGCAAAAUACUAGACCAGCAGCUCCUCGUGCUGCAGGCCAGGACCUCCCAAAUGGCUUCAAGAUAUUAAUUCAGAUUUUAUUGAGAUAUUAAAAGGGAAAAGAAAGGAAAAGAAAAGAAAAGAAAAGAAAAGAAGAGAAAAGAAAAGAAAAGAAAAGAAAAGAAAAGAAAAGAAAAGAAAAAACAAAUUCUGCAAAACAAAAUUCAGUUUAAAUCUUCAAAAUUUUCAAAAUCUUUGCUUUUACUUUCAAAAGACAGAGGAAUCUAAAAAACAACUUAACAAAACAAUCAUGCUUGUAGCUGUAAAAUAAUAUGAGGUCUGUUUGCUAUUAAGCUUGCAGGACUAUGAGUAUACAGUAAUGCUAGUGGCUCUGUGAUGCCAACUCACAAAUACUAAAGAACACUUUUAUGUUGACCUCGUAAAAUAUGUUGUAUCUAUAUUUUAGCAUGCUUAUAUUUGCGUUUUUAGCACAAAAUACAAAGUACAGUUGAGGAUGAUGGGACUGUCAAUGUUUUUGCAGGCAUUUGGUCAAAAGCCAGAAAGAGAGAAAAAUGUUGCCCUGAUGAUAGACAUCGAUGAAAAAUCAAAGGAUCACCAAAUUCAUUCGGUUAAUUAAUCCUGAGGGGAACAUUAAUAUGUGAACUACAUUUUACUCUAAACCAUCCAGUUGUUAUAUAUAGAAAUAGACAUAACUGCUUGUUAAAUGUGCAAUAUGUAAUUUUUGGCGGGGUCUUUCAAAACAAUCAAACCAUCAAAACAAAAGAAGUUCGCUGAGUGUUGUGUUGGGAGAGCUGCUGCCCAGCUGCUCAUCUCGGAGAGCGAAGUCGCUGUGUAUGUUCGAGCCACCAUCUUCCCUCCGAGGAAGAUCUUUCUAGCACUUAAAUGAAUAACACGUCAACGUCAUGGUGGUCCUGGAGGAAACGAUGUGUGAACUCCAAAUUAUCUGGAUGUGCCAAAAAUCACAUUUAAGUCUGGACCAAAAAUGAUGGGAACCAGUGGACUGGACCAUUUAGAAUAAAACUAAAACCAAUUAUGCUUUUUUAACAACAACUGACAGUUGCAUUAACACUUGCUUUUACUGUUGAGCACUAAUUAGACAUUUUUUUCAAACUUUCAGAGCCCAUCUUUAAAAAAAAAGCAUCACUAUACUUCAGUCCUCACCAGAAUAGAAUAAAACCCUCCUGAGAUGCUCUGAGUUUAAAUGGUUGGCUCUUUAACAGAAGCAGUAACAGCUGAGAUCAAAUGACAUCUACCAGAGUACAACGAGCAAGCUGCUGGAAACGUCUCUGCACCGUACAUCCCAUAUACAGUUGUCGAUAGGCCCCUCAGGGAUCUUGGCUUCCCCACAUCUACAUAUAUCAUCGUUUUCCCAACACAGCAGAAAUCUAAACCGGCAGACUCAAGACACUGCGUUUCCUUUCUCAUCUGCCUCUCUCCUCCUCAGAUUUUUUAAUUCUCUUCUCCACCUCCUCAACAUCCUCCUGCUUUCUCUCACUGCCAGUCUUUCUCUUGUAGUUGCCUCCAUUUCAUGUACAGCACAUGAUUUUAACAUGGCAGACAGAAGUGAGCAGACGACACCUCAGCUUUUUCCAUCAUGUUUAAUGACCUGACCUCUUUUUUUGUUACGUGAGUUCCCGUUUUAUAAAGAGUCUUUACUUGUG